GAACAAGAGAAACUCUUGAACUAACAAACAAAAUGGCUGAUGUUGGUGCAGAUGUUGCACUUAUAGCAACACCCUCAUUUUUUAAAAAUAAAAUGAAUACUAAUGCCAUGAUUCAGCAUUAUACAAUGAUUGCAAACCAUUCAUCAAUACCAAUACUUCUCUAUAAUGUACCAUCUAAUACUGGCAUCGACUUUCCAUUGGAUGCAAUAUUUGAACUAGCAAAACACCCAAAUAUAUAUGGGCUAAAAGAUAGUGGAGGAAAUAUUGCUAAUAUUGCGCACGUAAAACAAAUGACAAAGCAUGAAAAUUUUCAAAUCAUUGCUGGGUCAGCCAGUUUUUUAAUGCCUGCCAUGCAAAUUGGUGCAGUUGGUGGUAUAUGCGCAUUAGCAAAUGUCCUUGGAAAAGAAUGUUGUGACUUAUAUUCUUCAAUACUUGCUGGUAAAUUUGAAGAAGCAAGAGACCUACAAUUAGCGCUCAUAGCACCAAAUCAAGCAGUAACAAGAAAGUAUAAUGUUCCUGGUUUAAAAUACGCGAUGGAUAUGGCUGGGUUUUAUGGUGGGCCAUGCAGGUUACCUUUAACUAAAUUAUCUAAUGCAGAAGCUAAGGAUGUAGAAGAUAGCUUUCUUGGUUUUUUGUAAUAUUUUAAAUAAUGAUUUAUAAAAUUUAAUAUAGUUUUUAUUUU